UUGUGGCGAAUUCUCCCGACAGCUACAGACAAAUGCUCAGUGAACGCUCAAAUCAGUCUUCGGUCAUACCCCACAGCCGACACUUACAAUAUCUAUUUCAUACAAAACAUGAACACAACUUUGGCCAGAACGACAUGCACGGUGGUGUCACUGGAGAAUGCCAGAAACGCGGACGCUGAGGAACGGUUGCUGACAGAAAACAGCAAAUGCCGCCUUCUCGCUGUCGACGACAAACGGGUUCAUAACGAAUCAGAACGAGUUCGUCAUCUGCCGCUCAGCCUUCUGACCACCAGAAGCGAAGGUGAACCGAGUGAGUCGUUUCUUACCUCAACGGCCUUUUUCCUUUUUUCUACGACAUUGACGGCGGUUGGAGUAGGUUCUUUGUGA